CCCAGCUGUUUUUGUCCCAGCUGUUUAUAUCGACUUCCCGUAACCUUAGAUCAUGACACCUUUCAAGCCGACCAUCUAAUCGCAACAGCUGUGUAGAUCGAGACGCAGCUAUUUAUUGCAUUAGACCUCCGCAGGUCGACCUGUCUGUCGAACUGGUCUUCAAUUCCUUUGGCACAGCCGAUUUAAGGGGCCGUUUCGGAGCUUCAACCAGACCGCAAGAUGGACUACGAAGCUUUGAAGGAGCAAUGGAGCGAGGUGGAAGACCGCGAUGGCGUCCGCCUUAGCUGGAAUGUUUUCCCAAGCUCCCGCAUGGAAGCGUCCCGCCUCGUCGUUCCCAUUGGCGCACUCUAUACUCCCCUCAAGGAGAAACCCGAUACCCCGCUGCUGCAGUUCGAGCCCGUCACCUGCAAGCAGCCAUGCCGCUCUGUCUUGAAUCCCUUCUGCCAAGUCGACGUACGCGCCCGGCUCUGGAUCUGUCCCUUCUGCCUCUCGAGAAACCCCCUCCCUCCUCAUUACAAGGAUAUCACCGCGAAUGCCAUCCCGCCCGAGCUCCAUCCGUCGAACACCACUAUUGAGUACCGGCUAUCCCGCCCCGUGCCUAGCCCGCCCAUCUUCCUUUAUGUGGUCGAUACCUGUCAAGAGGAGGAUAGCUUGGCGGCUCUCAAGGAGUCUCUCAUCAUGAGCCUCAGCCUACUUCCCGAGAAUUCUCUCGUGGGGCUGAUCACGUACGGCACUAUGGCCCAAGUCCACGAGAUCGGCUAUAACGAAUGCCCAAGGUCCUAUGUCUUCCGCGGAAAUAAGGAUUAUUCUGCAAAGCAGGUCCAGGAAAUGCUUUCUCUCAUUCAGCCUGCGCUCCGCCCUGGAAUGCCACCUCAGCAGCAGCAGCCUGGUCGCCCAAUGCCCAUGGGGCCCGCCGCUCGGUUUCUGCUCCCUGUCCAGCAAGCCGAAUUCCAGUUGACCAAGGCUCUUGAGCAGCUGCAGAAAGACCCAUGGCCUGUUACCAGUGAUCAUAGGAACCUCCGUUGCACCGGCGUUGCCUUGUCCGUCGCUGUUGGUCUCCUGGAGAUCUCCUUCCAGAAUGCUGGUGGCAGGAUCAUGCUCUUUGCCGGUGGCCCUGCGACUGAAGGACCGGGUAUGGUUGUUGGCCCAGAGUUGAGGGAGCCUAUCCGCUCGCAUCACGACAUCGAUCGAGACAAUAUCAAGUAUUACAAGAAAGCGCUCAAGUUUUACGAUAACCUCGCGAAGCGGACUGCGCACAAUGGGCACAUAAUCGAUGUCUUCGCUGGUUGCCUGGAUCAAGUCGGCCUUCUCGAGAUGAAGGGCUUGUGCAACUCGACCGGUGGCCACAUGAUCCUCACUGACAGUUUUACCUCCUCCAUGUUCAAACAGUCGUUUGUUCGCGUCUUUGACAAGGAUGAUGACGACAACCUUCUCAUGGGUUUCAACGCCGUGUUGGAGGUUCUCACCACCAAGGAGUUGAAAGUCACCGGCCUCAUUGGCCAUGCCGUAUCUCUCAACAAGAAGUCGACAUCUGUUGGCGAGACAGAAUGCGGUAUUGGCAACACUUGCUCGUGGAAGAUGUGCGGUAUCGACCCGAAUGCCAGCUACGGCAUCUAUUUCGAAAUCGCCAGUCAAGGUGGCCCCUCGCAGCACCAAGGGGGCCAGCAGAAGGGGAUGAUGCAGUUCCUCACCUAUUACCAACACUCCUCUGGGCAGUUCCACCUCCGUGUGACGACCAUUGCCCGGAACCUGAGCGGUCCUGCUGGCGACCCGGCGAUUGCCCAAUCGUUCGACCAGGAGGCUGCCGCCGUCCUGAUGUCUAGGAUUGCGGUCUUCAAGGCCGAAGUCGAUGAUGGUCCCGACGUCCUUCGUUGGGUUGACAGGAUGCUUAUCAGGCUCUGCUCGCGAUUCGCAGACUAUAGGAAAGAUGACCCGACGUCGUUCCGACUGGAGAAGAACUUCACCCUGUAUCCGCAGUUCAUGUUCCACCUCCGACGAAGUCAGUUCUUGCAAGUCUUCAACAAUUCGCCCGACGAGACGGCGUUCUAUCGGCACGUACUCGAUCACGAAGAUGUUAGCAACUCGCUGAUCAUGAUCCAACCGACUCUCGACUCCUACACCUUUGACCAAGAAGGUGGCCAGCCUGUUCUUCUAGACUCAACCUCCAUCCAAGCCACCCACAUCCUGCUCCUCGACACCUUCUUCCACAUUUUGAUCUUCCAUGGCGAGACCAUUGCCGAGUGGAGGAAGGCAGGAUAUCAGGAGCAGGAGGGCUAUGAGAACUUUGCGUCGCUACUGGAGCAGCCUAAGGAAGAUGCUCGGGACCUAAUCACUGAUCGCUUCCCCCUGCCACGUUUCAUAGUGUGCGAUGCUGGUGGUUCUCAGGCUCGGUUCCUGCUGUCCAAGCUAAACCCCUCCACAACCCACACAACAGGAGCAUACGGCGGUGUUGGUGCUCAGACGGCGCAGACCAUCUUCACCGAUGACGUCUCGUUACAGACAUUCAUGGACCAUCUGAUGAAGCUGGCCGUGAGCGGAACAAACUAGAGAUGUUGCGAUCUGUCCAUAGGGAAAGGAAGGAAGGCGGUAGCUAGUAGCUAGAGGCAGGGAGGGGGUUUCGGGGGAUGAGUGGAAUUCAGUCCAGCGAUCGUAAUAAACGCUCAUAAUAAACGCUUCGUUGCCAAAGGUGUUUCUGUCUCUCUUGUGUGUAUUGUUAGCUUAGGAGCUUACUAGUCUAUCGCUUAAACUCUUGAUGCACAACCAGUCUGCGGACGGCCUCACCCGAG